AUGCUUUUCUUGGCAGUUGUGUCGCACGAGGAGCCACCGCUAGCUGUUUUCGAGCUGCUGGACAGAGUUUACCAGGUACUCUUCAGAUACCUGGGGGAGGUCAGUGAAGAUGCGCUGCGACAAAAUUUCUCGACAGUGUAUUUGCUGCUUGACGAGAUGAUCGACAGUGGCCUGCCUUUCACCACAGAGCUGAACAGCCUUGAGUCCAUAAUCGCCCCGCCAUCUGCGAUCGGAAAGGUUGUCCAGGCGGUCUCCGGCAGCAGCACACAGGUGCUGUCAGAUGUGCCCUUGGAGUCUUCUGGCCAGGCUGGGCCUCUUGGCGCUCUAUCUUCGGCUUUGGGUGCCCUCUCGCAUACGCAAAUGGGAGGUGCCUCUGCCGAGGUGUGGUGGCGAAAGCAGAACGUUGCAUAUGGCUCGAACGAGGUUUACGUAGACAUCGUAGAGACGAUCAGCUGCACAUGCAAUGGAAGCGGCAUCAUUGUCGCUGGUGGCAUCAGCGGCGAAGUCUUGAUGACCAGCAAGUUGAGUGGAAUCCCUGAAGUGUUGCUCAGCUUACGCAACCCAAGCAUCUUGCAGAAUGUUUCAUUUCAUCCCUGUGUCAAGCUCCCGCGUUACCAUAGGGACAAGGUGCUAUCCUUCAUUCCUCCUGAUGGAGAGUUCUCGCUUGCUAAUUAUUGGAUUCCUGACAUCACCAUGAACUUGCCGUUCCACUUCUCGGUCUCUGUGAACUACCACUCUGACCACGGGAAAGUGCAGAUUGCAGCAAGCCCCAAGCUUGCCGUGACCAUGCAGCAUAAGCAGAUGCUGAUCGACAAGUUUGUUGUAAAUGUUCGUCUUCCCGCAAGUAUCGCUUCUGCGAACCUUGCAUGCCAGGGAGGUAGCGUCCGCUUUGACGAAGAGUCGAAGGUCAUUGUUUGGAAUCUGGGCAAGCUGGCCAGCCAGGAAAGCAAAGCAGAGGGCACGCUGACAUAUGCCACGAACCCAAAGGAUGGUAGUGCGCAAAUUCCGUUUGAAGAGAAAUCCACAGCGCAGCUGGCAUUCCAGAUCAAGGGUUGGGCAAUCUCUGGUAGAAGCCUCAGCUUCGAUUCAGAGACCAUUCGCAUGAGCGGCAAUGGCACCUGGCUCUAUGAGGAAUCCGGCUUGAUGCUUGUGAUGUGCUGCUGUGGCCUUUCGGCAUCCGGCGAAGAAGCGGAAAACGCGGAGACAGUGAACAAGAUGGAGACGGCGGCGACUGGGAAGUGGAUCCGGCGCAAUUCGUUGCUGCCCUUUCUGGUGCCAGCCUGGCCUACUGGGCAUGGGGCAGGAUGCGCUCCCAAGCAUCGCUACAAGCCACUCCCAGUCAGUAGCUCAGGGCCACCUCCUGUGACACGGAUUCCCCUUUCAGAGUUUCUAUCGUUGCUGCGAGAUGGGGCAGUUACAGCGGUCAGCUACCUUGCAGACCGCCCGCCGGCAGGUGCUUUGCUCUUGAAGGCGGCAGUUCCGACUCUGACAACCCUGGCCAGCCAGUCAGGUAAAUCUACAUUGUCUCCAUUGCCGGUGGAGAAAUCCAUGGAGACCCUUCUUCUGCCAGGCAGCCACCAGGGUGUCUUUGAGGAGCUCCGAUCACGCUCUGACGUGCAGUUCGAGUGUCGGGAAGCGGCAGCAGGAUCUGACUCUGAGAUCAACAGGCUCUCGCUGUUGAUCGAUCUUGGUGGACUUGUGGCUUCCUUGGGCGCUUUGUGGUAUCUUUUCAGAAGCAACGGCCAGACUUUCGCGGCCAAGCAUCUUGAGGAAAACCGCGAUUUCAAUCGCCGACCUGCAGUAACGUUUGAUGACGUGGCAGGAAUGGAGAAUACGAAGGAAGAGCUGCAGGAGGUCAUUGCAUAUUUGCGCGAUCCGAACAGAUUCUAUGCUUUAGGAGCACGGCCACCCCGUGGCAUCCUUCUGGCCGGUCCUAGUGGCACAGGAAAGACGCUCAUGGCUCGUGCAGUUGCUGGCGAGGCUGGUGUUCCGUUUCUUUACGCCAGUUCGGCGUCCUUCGUCGAAAUUUUUGUCGGCCAAGGAGCACAGCGCAUCCGACAGUUUUUUGAGCAGGCUCGUGCAUGUGCACCUUGCAUCGUCUUCUUGGACGAGCUGGAUGCCGUGGGCUCUUCGAGGCAAAUGUCUGCCUCCGGCGGUGGUGGAAACCAGGAGUACGCCCAGACUCUGAACCAGUUGCUUCUUGAGCUGGACGGUGUUGAAAGCAAUAUCGCAGGGGCUCCUGUGGUUGUGACCAUCGCGGCCACAAAUCGUUAUCACUGCCUGGAUGAGGCCUUGGUCAGGCCAGGCCGAUUGGACCGCAUUGUGAUGGUCAACUUGCCCAACUACUCGGAGAGAGUGGCGACUUUACAGAUCCACGCGGCCAAGCUCAAAACAGAGAACCUUGACGUGCAACUCCUCGCACGACGGACAGAGGGCAUGAGCGGUGCCGACUUGGCCAACCUCCUGAACGAGGCUGCAUUACUUGCUGCGCGGCGGCGUGCAGACGCAGUCCGCAUGGAGCACAUCUGGGCAGUUUUGGCGAACCCCAGGCCACAGCAAAAUGCAGCAACGGCGGCAGCACCCGGCAUCCCGACCCGACUGAAGGCUUCUGCAUUGCUUGUGGCCGUAGGCGGCAAAGAUGUUCGCCGCCUUUGCAUCAGCUUUGGGAGCAUCGAGAGAUCAGAGAUCGAUCAACAGCUUUGGCUAAUUCAUGAUACAGAGAAGAGCAUGGAGACAACGCGCGCUGUGCGUGAUGCUCGCGCCAAAGCAUUGCUGGCUUCGCUGCGGCGAUGCGACGAGGAGUCUGCGCUGCUACAUCCGCCGCCGCCCCAAGCAACGCUCCUGGAAAGAAGAGAAGCGGCUCUCUUCGGACCAGGUGAUCCGAUACUGUGGGAGAAAGUCAAGCUCACCCCUUCCACUCCCAUGCAAGGAGAGUUUACCGUGCUGAUUGCAAGACCACUGCACUUGGCUGGGAAGUUACCGGCUGCUUUGCUGAUGCAUGCAACUGGCAAGUGCAAGGAGUUCAUGGCGAACCGUUUGGAGCAAUGGGCGCGAAAAGGCUUGAUUGCUGUAGCCUUUGAUGCCCCUUGGCAUGGCGAGCGUGCACUUCCAGAAGCGGGACUCACCAAAUCAAGCGACCAAAGCAAUAGUGCCAGCGGUGCUCUCUCCCUGACAAGCUUGGGCCCAGAACUGCUUCGGACGCUACAACACCACGAGACUGCGCGGUUGGACGUGUAUUUCAAAGCGUUGAUUGCUGGCUGGCGAACGGGAUCUGAUAGAUUUGUCCUGGACAUCUCACGCGAUGCAUUGACAGUUGUCGAUUACCUGUGUGCCAGACCCGAUGUAUUGCCGGAGCGCAUCGGUGCAGCAGGGGUGUCGCUGGGUGGGAUGGCAUGCUGGCUCUUGGCCGCCGCAGACACCAGAAUACGCUGCGCCAUGCCGGCAAUCGGUGUGCAGUCCUUCAACCAUUCUUUGAGGAAUGGGUUAUGGGGUGCCAGGGUCGACUCGAUUCGACCAGCCUUCGAAGCGGCUGCUGCCGACUUAAAGAAGGCUUCCGUGGAUGAUGACGUGGUUGCAGCUGUUUGGUCGCGGCUGGCUCCUGGCAUCGCCGAGGUCGAUCCCAGCAACCGCCUUGCCUUUGACGCGCCGCUGACGCUUCCAUGCAUUGCGCCUCGCUUUCUACUGGUUCUCAACGGUGAGAAGGACCCGCGCUGCCCUUUGGAAGGGGUGCAGAAAUGCAUCGAAGCAGCCAAGCAGGCAUACGAGCAAGAGGGGCAGCCGGAACAUCUGAAGAUCUUUAUUGAGAAGGAUGUUGAGCAUAACAUGACAGCGACGAUGUGGCAGAAGAUCGAGUCUUUUCUUGAGGUGUCAUUGGGAUUGCCCGCCACGUCCAAGCUUUAUCCAGAGCUUUGCGGGAUUCCGGUACAAAGCGUGUUGUGCGUUGACAUCCUCAAGCGACUCCAGCCGUACUGCUGGUGCUGCAUUGCAGACGGCGCAACGGACAACUCAAAAUCUAAAGAGAACGAGCAACCGAAGUCGGCAGACCCUGGCGGCCAUGGACAUUCCGGGGACUUGCGCUUCUUCUCACGGAGUUACGAUCCGCAGCAAGAGCUGAGUCCGGUCGAAGAGCCUCUUGUUCAAGUGCACGAAGACGGCUUUCCUAUGCGCAUCAAGCUCGAGCAGAAGCAAGUGCCACCUUCGGUGCUUAUGGGCAAGUGCAGGCGAAGCCCGCUUACCGGCGAAGUGAUCCUGCACGUGGACCCCUCCUAUCCUGACUUCCAGGUGGUGGAUCUCGCUGGCCGUGCUUGGCUGCCCAAGAGCCGGACUUACCUGGAAGAGGAUGAGUAUCUUUUUCGACCUGUUCCUCUCAUGUACAGAACUUGGCUGUACCAGUCUUUCUUCCUUCAUCCGAGUGGACUUGGCAAAGCAAACGAUUUGGACUACGUCGUGAGACAGGCGUUGUCAGCCUUCUGCUUGGAUAUCAUGAUCUGGGACAACAGAUGGUCGCCGGUCAUGGCGUAUGCCUUUAUCAUGUUUCUUUCUUCCCUGACUCUGGACAGCACGAUUAUCGCCCUCUCUUGCGGUCUCGGGCUGCUCACGUGCGCAUGUGCCGUAGCAUGCAACUACGCGAGGAUCUACCAAAGAGAAAGAUGGGUGUCACUGCCCUUUCGUUUUGCUUUCCUUUGCUACAUCCUCAUCGCAUUCCCGUCAGCCACCGUGCUCGAGGUGAUUGGCUCUACGCUGCUCUUCGUGCUUGUCUCCGUGGAGAUCAUUCUCGGCGACUGCUUUUUCUUCCCCUCCUACAGGUUUCACUGCAGCUACCGGAUCUUGCGGUCCCUGGGAUGUCGUGUCUACGUUUGUGAACGAGAGGGCGCUGUCGGCAUGCCUGCGGUCGUCGGCAGAACCCCCGAUAAAAUGCCACAUCGCAUCGUGCAGCUUCCCAAGUGGACAACGCAGAACCACCUCAUCGUUGAGCUCGAGGGCCUUAUGGUGGAGCUGCGACCGAUGCGAAAGGAGGACUGGAGCAAAGCUGCGCAGGAAUUCUCGGAGACCAACGUUCCUAUCACAUAUGUCAGUCUGCCUCUUUGCGAGUACGACGGUCCUGACAUACAGGACGAAUCUGAGGACGAACAGGAUCGAUUGCCCAAGAAACUGGCACGUGGCGCUGUGAGGGGCUCUACACACUUGGAAACUCUGCGAGCUUUCCGGCAAGCCCGCGAAAUCUAUGGGGGGAGCGAGCAACUAGAGUGGAUGAUCCAGGAUCUUGAGUAUUCGUGA